GAGCAAGCCGGGAGGACCACUUCCGGCGGAGAGGAGUCGCGUGUUCCGGUGUGGCUGGCUGUUUUCACCAUGGGCGCCAAGCGCAAAAGCCCGGCUGCGGCCCAAAGGGACCAGGAGCCUCCGCAAAAACAGCGCCGGGACAAUGAGGCAGCCAAAGAGGAGAAGCAGGAGGAGGAGCUCACCGGCGCCCGGCUCAAGGCCCUCUUGCGCUCCCCCAGCGCCGCCAUCAAGGGUUUAGAAACAUUUGUGUCUUUAGCUAAAUGUUUACCAUCAGGAGAACGAUAUGAUGUCGUAGAGGGAUAUGUAAAAGUUUCUGUUGAAUGUGCAGAAAUUUUAAAACUUUUGGAUGGUGAAAGACGCCCUGAAAGUGAGAUGCUCCUAAUCUUCCAAGCUCUGGAAAUUAUUUUGCUGCGAACAGCAAGCGAUCUGUCCCAUUUUCAUGUUGUGGGAAUGAAUAUUGUUAAGAAGAUGCUCAAUAAAUACAUGAAAUUAAUUUAUGCAGCUUUGUAUUCUGAAGGACAUCGACUCUCUCGUCUGUGUCUCACCUUGCUGUCAGCAAUGGUAACACAGGGGCCAGAUGCUGCAAGGGAUGUCUACACCCAUUUUGAUUUCAAUAAUAAAUUCCUACCUAGUUUAGUAAAGAAAAGAGAUUAUAAGGGCAAACCUGAUGUCCGUAUGGCAUAUAUCCAGUAUGCUCUUUCUUUUUUUAUUGCUGGUGAUAAUACAAUCCUUGUCAAUGUUCUGGAGCUAAAAGAUUUUAUUCCAGAUAUUUUCAGAACUGGCUUAAAGGAAGAUCGGAUUUCUACAAUUAGUCUUCUGCUUUCCACAUUGGCAUCUAAGGUGGUUCAGAAUAAAAAUAUCAGCAAGACCCAGAAAGUACGUUUUUUUACUGCAGAAGUAUUGAGCCACAUUGCUUCACUCUACCGCUGGAAUGGAAUUGCUGAUGUUAACACUGAAGAUGUGAAGGCAUCACAAGAUCCAGAGGAAGCAGGAAAAGUGGUAGUGAGAGAAUUGGUUCAUAAUUUUUUAAUGGAUCUCUGCUGCUCUCUGAAGCAUGGAAUUAAUUUUUAUGACCCAAGUCUUGGCACAUCUGGAAGAGGAGGGAACUUAGUGCUCCUGCGCUUUCUCUUGAGUUUGAAGACUGCUGUGGAGGAUGAAAUGGUGGCUGAUCUUGUGAUGAACAUUUUCAAAGUGUGCCCAGAUUUACUGAACAGAUACUUUAAGGAGUCCCAGUAUUCUUUUGUUCCCAGACUAAAAUCAGCAUGGCUGGACAACAUGAAAUUAUUGAGAAAGAUCUAUGAGGCUCAGCCAGAAAUUUCCAAUGCUUUUAAAACCACAGAGUUCAUUCCACUUCCUCGAUUGCUUUCUAUGGUGAUGGUGACAACCAUUCCUGCAGUGUGCAAUAAAGCUAUGUUCACCCAAGGAUUAAAUAUAGCCAGUAAAACAGUGAAACACACAAUAUUUUCAAUUCUAUCAGUUGUUCUGAAACGAGCACUGAAGAACAUGGAGUACUGUCUGAAUGAGAAGAUAUGGGAGAAGUCCGAAAUAUAUACUCCAUCUGUCAUGCAGGAAUUUGUGCAGCAAUACCGGGAGGCACUCAGCAAGCUUUUGCCAGAUAUGACGAACAUAGUAGCCGUCUGGCAGUCGCUUCUAAAGCAAGAGAGGGAACAAGGUGGGCUGAAAGGGACUGCGGAAGAUGCUUCUUUUAUUGUGGAGGAAAUGGCUGAGGUCAAAGAAACAAAUGGAGAGCAUGGGUCAGACGAUGCAGAAACCACACUUUUGAAGGCUGUCUUGCUUCAUGUUAUCUGCCUUUAUCAGCAAGUGGUUCCCCACUUGAUAGCACAGAGCAACUUUGACUUCAGCAAACUAAUAAAAGGCAUUGUCACUGAGAAGGGCCUGCGCCAUGAGAUCCCCCCAGUUCUGCAACAUCACAUUCUGAUGGUGGCUCUAGAACUGCCUGCAAAUAAGUUUUCCUGGUUCAAAAUGCAGGAGGAGACUGACAAAGUUUGCGGUGAAAGAUCAGUAUUUUAUUUACUGUUGAAAAUGUUUGUGACAAGCAACCACUUGCAGCUCAAAGCAUCAACAAAGAAACUGAUUAUUAAGGUUCUGCGUGACAGUGGAGUAUUUGAGUAUACCUGGAAAGAACUUGAAUUAUGGCUUGAGCAUUUGGAGAACACAGUAGACUCAAAAAAGGAAGCAGUGAUUCAGUUUUUGGAAAAGAUCUUGGUUAAACUGGUGACCAACCCUUAUCCAUACACAGAUAAGGCCGCAGAUCUUGUCCAGGAAGCCAGUGUUUUUCAAGUCAACCUAUUUAAACAAGACAUUGAUAAUAUCAGCAUUCCGAUCUCUCAUAUUGAUGAUGUUCUGGAUAUGAUUGAUGUCCUUGUGGAAGGCAAUGAGGACUUUAAUGAAGAAAUUGGAACUUCUUUAAACAAAGACAUGAUUGUUAAUACAUUUCCAUUCAGUGCUAUUGUCCCAGCUUCUUUAGAAACCAGGAAUAAGUUGCUCCUGGAGAAUGAUGAAAACAGAGGAGAAAGCAUAGUGGAGUAUCUCAUUGCUGUUUUCACAGACCUCCUACAUUCCCAAAGAGACCCUCUAGCUCUGUGCUUGAUGUUUCAGCUUUACGAUAAAGGUCUGCAUUCUGUCUGUCCUAAGCUUUUUGAAUUCAGCAAUUACUACAGUCUAUGGAUACCACAGGAGGCUAAGGAAGCUUUGUUGCAGCAAGCCAGAAGUGAGUGUGUAGCUGAAGUCUUGUCAUCAAGUUCCUCAUUUUCCUCCCUGCUGAAGAAUACAUAUCAGAAAGGUGUUGCCCUUCUGUUGGAAGAAGAUAUCACAGAAAAGCUGAAUGAAGCUAUUUCCAAACUCCAGACUCAGCAACUCUUGCUGGCAUGCAAGCAUGUUCUGCUAUACUUAAAAACUACAGUGGAGAAUUUCAGCAGUUUUGACAAAAAAUCUGGCCUUUCCCUUCUUACCCUCUUUGUGGACCUGUUGAAGAAGCUGCUGCAUAAAGGUGAUGAGACAGAAUCCUGUAAUCAGCAGGAACAAAAACCCACCCAAACUGAAUCUGAUCUUUUUGUGGAUGCAGACUUCCUUAUGCCAGCUGAGACUGGAAAUAAUAAGAUACUAGAAGAGUUACUAUCUGUGGUCUUCAAAAAUCCUUUGUUGGAGAAUUGGUUUCUGGCAGUGGAAAAGCAUUCUGUUCCACCUCAUAAUUUGAAUCCCCUUAAAGUGAAACUGCUAUCCGCUCGACUGAAUUGUGGCAUUCUUGAGUUAUUGCAGAUGGGCUCCUCAUUCUUGCAAUCCAGUGAUCAACUUGAUGUUCUCUCCAAAUAUUUCAAUACUAUCACUAAAACAGUGUUAGAAGAACUGCACACUGUUAGUAAAAAAGGGUCCCAGGUGCGUCUCAGAAGAUCCCUGCAGAUGGAGGCACUACAAGAGCUGCACACUUACAUGGAUACACCACAGCUAAAAGAAGUUGUUUUGGCUAUGCUGCAGCUUCCCAAAGAAAAUUUGGUCAAGAAGAAAUCAGAAACUGUUCCUGAAAAGGAAAUGUACUUGAGUAGUUAUGGAGAGGUUUUGAUUCAGCUUCUCAUGGAAAGCUACCAGAGAGGAUCCCUAAAGGAAGACCAGUUCCUUUCAAGAGAACACAUUGUAGGGAUGGGUCUUCUUUUGACCACAGCUGUCACAGAGGAGCUUGAAAAGGUCUUCUUGUACGUGAUACAGAAGGAAUCUGUCUUUUCCCAAGCUGUUGGUGUCAAUGUCCUGCUCUUCUGCCUUAAUCGUUACACAGAAACUUCCCUUGCCAUUGCAGCUUUGCUGAUUCAAAAUUGUCAGACUCACUUGUUGCAGUUUGAGUUGUGGUGUCUGAAGCGUGGUACAGGCAAGCUUCUGAAAAAGAAUGUGGGUCUUUUCCUGCCACUUGUCAGUAUAUACUUGGAUUGUCAAGAGCAGCGAUGUUUCAUCCGGCUGUCAAAAGUCUCUUCGGCUGUUACAACUGUCUUAAGGGAUAUUUUGUGGCCAGAACUGCUAGGUAUUGUUCUGAAUAUGAGUUCAACAUCAGAACCAAUCGCUGAGGAGUGUCAUGUUCUCUCCAAGUUACUGCCGUCUUCCAAAACAGAUACUUUCAUUACUCUAAUGGAGAAAUUACCUGCAGUUCUUGAAAAAGAAAAAAGCCAUGAACACUGGGUGAUUGCUGAUGCUGUAUCAAGAGCCCUGGAGAGUUCUGCAGAGAAGUUGAAUUCCUGGAAGAAACACCUGCUAACUGCAUGUAUAAAAUGGUUGAUUGUUGCUUACAGCAAUAACAAAACACAUGAAACAUGCUCUGAAAUUGAGAACUCCAUGCUGUCAAGGCUAGAGAAAUUACUGAAUUCAACAACUGAAGUGGCUCCAGAAGACUGGCAUAGUUUUGUGAAGAUGGGGCUCAAGCAUCGUUAUAAAGACCGGGCCUUUCUGAAAACUCUUAAUGGAGCCAUAAAUUUGUUGUACAAGGAAGAAGUCUCUCUUAGUCAGAAAUUAGUCAAGCUUUCAGUACUUUACAUGAUGAUCACGCAGCACUCCUUAUUUUUGUCAAUAAUGUUGAGGGCACAGGAGGAGGAUGACACAAAUGUUCAUUCAAAAGAGGCAUUAGUGGACAUCCUGUUGACUCUGGUGAAAUGCUGCCCUGCAGUGUGUGAGAGUGGCCAUUUCUCUGUGUUACUUGGAGCUUAUGGUGCAACACUGAGCAUUUUAGACCAGAAGAUACUACUGUUACUGAAAUUGUAUGAAAAGAAUGGUUUAAGUCUUGUAAACUUCAGAGUCCAGUUACUUUGGGGCCCAGCUGCUGUGGAGCAUCACAAGGCAUGCAAGAUUUUGGGCAAGUCGUUGUGGCAGCAGCCAAGCAUGGAGGAAAUUCUGUGUCUGCUGGACCGAGAAAUGAUGAUGCGGACCAUUCUCAAUUUCCCCCAGCACCGGCAUCUUCUGGCGCUAGAGGAAGAACCGGAGCUCAUAAGCAAAGGCAAAAAUUAUAUCUCUCUGAAGGAUCUCUAUGACCCAUGUUUCCUCCUUCAGCUCUUCAGUGAACUGCUGAGACCAGAAUGUGUGGUCGCCUGCCAGAAAUUUGUUGAUGUCAAUGCUCUGGGCCUAGUAGUAGCAGCCCUUAGCAGCUAUGAUCCUAACAUGCGAGCAGCAGCAUACUAUGUCCUGAAUGCUUUUCGUUCUCAUCUGGAAGGGGCUCGAUUUCGAGAACAAAAACAGUUGCUCUACCUUAUGGAUGUUGUACAAAAUGGAAUCAGACAACCAAAUCUGAAAUUUACUUUCCCUCUGACACUCUAUAUAUCUAGAGUAGCUCAGCAAAUGCUGAAUCCAGAGGAACACAUGUAUACAAAGCUGAACAAGUUCCUGCUGUCUCACCAAUUUUUAGAUCUGAAGAAAGUGCCAGGAUUUUUUCAACUUUUCUACAGUUUUGAUUUAGAGCACAAAAUGGAACGUGAAUGGUCCCUAGCAAUUAUUAGCGAAGGACUCAGAGACAAACACUGCUAUGAGCUAUAUGAUUACCAGAGAAUUUUCCAUGUCAUCCUGUCAUUCUUCCAUAGCCCAUUGUGUGAUGAAGCCACCCAGUACCAGAUUCUACAAAUACUCCAAAAUGCAGCAUAUAUCACAAAAGCGGCCUAUACUCUCAUAAGAGAUCAUAGUCUUUUAACUUGGAUAUUAUCUGUCCUAGAGAAAAGGUUUUUAGAAAAUAAAGUGUUAAAUCAGAUAAUCUCCUUAGUCCAUAAUCUUUGGGUCACAAAUUUGGGAGAUAAGCUAAAGGCUCUUGGAUUGCCUCACAAUAAGGAGCAACUGGUGAAUCAGAAAUUCCUUCCCCUCCAGUUCAUCAGUGAAUUUCUCCACAUUUUGAUCACUCUUCUUAAACACAUUCGGGCCAGCUUGGAUUUUCCUAACCUGAUUCAGUUUUUCAGCACAUUAAGUUCUGUCCUACAAUACCGUGCUCUGGUCAUUGAGGCCUUCAGAGAAAUGGGCAGAUUUACUGUGAACAAGCAUGUCCUGUCCAACAAAGAUGUCCUGCUGCUCUUGCACAAAUGGAGCAUCAUCGGCAAAAAUUUGGAACUUCAAGAUAAUCUGCAACUAAUUGCACAACAGUACCAAAUUAAAGACUUGCUUAGAAAUAUUAAAGAAAAAAAGAAACCAGAGAUGCCUUUCCGAACAUCAUUACGACUUCCUCAGAAGAAUGAUAUAAUUGAAACAGAAACUGCCUUGGACAGGAAGCAAUUGCAUUUAGAUGACUGCAGAUCAGUUCUAAGAUCUGUACUUGUCCACUGGGAGCCUGUGUUUCUUGACACACCAGAAAAGUAUUCAGAAGAGCAGAAUGGAUAUAGUAAUCCGGAUCUGACAUAUAAGAUUGCUUACUUAGUAUUCAAUUGGCUAGUAAAGUCCAAUAUUGACAGCACGCUUAAUGUACAAGAUGUGCUUUUGACAUUCAAGUGGCUUAAAAAGAGUGUAUUACAAAACAGCACGGUGGUAGAGAUGAUUCUUAAAGAUGGAAUUCUGAGAAACUGUAUAUUUAAGAUUUACAACAGCAUCUGGAAGGGCAAUGAGGACAAAACGGUGGAACUGAGUGAUCUCUCUCUGCUUAAUGAUAUCAUGCUUCAACUGCUCGAUUCUCCGGAAUUAAACAAAGGGGAUUUUCAUGAAAUUAUGAAGAAGUUCUAUCUUUCUGCGAUGACAAAGGAGGACACAAUGAAGAAAGCUGCAGGCAUGUUUCUCACUUCUGUUUACAUUGGAGACUGUUGGCUGGGAGCAGAGCAGCCAGAUAUGUUUAUAAAUCAUAUCAAAUUAAUACAUGAAGCAACAGCCAGUAAACAAAACAAGGAUCAAGAAAUAUGGGAAUGUGAAGAACCAGUGGUUUCUCUGUGCAAAGAUCUCUACUCACUGCCCAUUUUUCAGUCCUAAGAAUUUAUUGAAUGUAUCAUACUGUCUAAUAGUUAAAAUUAUGUGGGAAACCAACAGGAAAUAACUUUUGUAUUUAUAACAUAUAUUUUGUAAAGAAGCAACAUUAAAAUAAUUCUGUACCUUUUAAAGUACUUUAAAUAUAUUUUUCUUUUAAUUUUUACAGAAGUUGUCAAAGCUGGAUUUUAGGACAAUUUUUAUAAUAUUAUGUUGUUCUUGGCUGCUACAGAAACAAUGUAUAAUGCCUGAAGUUGGAAUUUUUGGAUGAAAACUAAAUAAAUGUUGAACUGCUACAAAA